AUGUGGAACCUCGACGCAAUGGACGGCCGCUGUCGCGACACCCCGGUGCGUCAUGUGACAGAACUUCCGACGUCGACCCCCUCGUUUCCGCAACCGACGGGCACUUUCUUCACGAACCGUUCGUCGUGCAGCUCUAGCGCCGGUUCCCUCGAUUUCUGCAACACGACUGCCUCGUAUGCGAAAGCCAAAUACGAAGCAGCCUCGACACCGAACUGGGAAACAUGUCAUCUUCUCUGCACUAAGAUCAUAUCCCGGUUGCUCCAGACGACAGAGGUUGUGCGCAAGGUGGAUCUGUAUUACUGUGGCGAGGGAAAUGACCAGCAAAGCAGUACGAUGCUGGUAUUGACAGCUCACCGUCUCCGAGACGACUGGGUGCAAGCCGACCUCUCCUGCACUGACGGAACAUUGGUUGCCAGCGCCUUCGCGUUGUUUACCCAAAAGUCGGCGCAGAAAACUCACGUGCGAUCUCUGGCGUCACCGAUUUCCUUCAAAGACUCCCAGGGCAAGCCAAUGCCGAGCGACUUCAGAUUCCCAUUUUCCAAGCCCGUUCAGGGGCCGACGUCACCGUCGGGUGACUACUGA